AUAGUAGGUAUACGUAUGCUUAAGCAACCAUACACCGAGCUACUUCAAACUAUACUUCUGCAUCCAGGCAAUGAUCCGCGCCCAGCGCGCAGCGGCCGCCGCCUGCCGCUGGCCAGGGUCGUCAGGACCGGCGUCCUGCCGGAGGGCCAGGUCUCCAGCCAGGUCCUCACGCAGCUCGCGUCCUACUACCUGGCCUUCGUGGCUGCUGAUGUCACCUCGCUGCAUGAUACAGUGAACUACAUCCUCUGGAAGCCAUACUGCUGCGAGGAGAAGGGCAAGCUUGACCGCGAGUGCACUCCCAACGAGGUGCCUGUGGACGACCCCGUGCACCGCCACUCCGGCCUGCGCUGCCUCAACCUGACGCGGCCCAUGUCCUUCCAGUCCACGGGCUGUCUGCCGAAUGACACCGUGCCUACUAGGAUAACCUCAUCGACUCCACUGUUUGACAUGUCAGGAGUUUAUGGUAACACCCAGAAGGAGUUGGCUGAUAAAGGCAGGUUGUUCCAACGGGGUCUGCUCAAGUAUGAGGUGGAUGACUCCGGCAGGAUCUGGCCUCCUAGUACCAAGACGCCUGUGGAUCUGUGUCUGUUGAACCAGAAGCCCGUUGAGACGAGGUGUCAUGACGGCCCUAGCAGCGGCAUGAACAGCAUAUUCGGCGUGAACAUGAUGAGCAUCUGGUUCUGGAGAGAGCACAACCGCAUAGCCGAAGAACUGUCCAACAUGAACCCGUGCUGGGACGACGAGAAGACCUUCCACUACGCACGGGACAUCAGCAUCGCCACCUACUUGCAGAUACUUUAUUAUGAGCUCCUGCCUUUGUUGAUGGGCAGGAAGUCACUCAUCAAGGAUGGGGUGAUAUCGUCCACACCGGACCACAGGGAUUUAUACAAUGAGCAGUAUUCGCCGCAAAUGUCCUCCGAGUUCCUAAUGUCUAUGCGAUGGACCCACAAUCUACAAGAAACUAAAAUAAAGUUAAUGGAAGAGAAUGGCAAAGUAGUUGGCGAAUAUCCCAUGGUGAAUCUGACCCUGAGGACAGGGUACCUGGCGCUAGGUAGACAUAUGGAGCAGAUCACUCAAGGGAGCUUCCGACAACCGGGGGCCAAAGCUGAUCAUCUCAUAGAUCCUGAUGUUACGGAACUGGCCCUGGGUCCUCACCAGAGGUCCUCGGACGUGGCCACCAGCGACCUGGCUAAGAACCGUCUCGCUGGCCUCUCCUCAUACACAUCCUAUCUGGAGUUCUGUCGAGGACGGCCCUACAACACCUUCGAGUCAUUGCUCGAAGUUAUGGAUAAUGAAAGAAUAGAGAAGCUCCGCGAGCUAUACGAGUGCGUAGAAGACAUAGACUUGCUCGCCGGCAUGUGGGCGGAGAACCUGGUCCCUGGGGGCUUCGUUCCUCACACGUUCUACUGCCUGGUCUCCGAGCAUCUCGUCAGGAACGUGGUGUCCGACCGACACUGGUACGAGCGGGCGGAGCGGCCACUGGCUUUUAGCGCACAUCAGCUGCGUGAAGUGAGGAAUGCCACGAUGGCGCGUCUCCUGUGUGACAACGGAGACUCCGUCAGAGCUAUCCAACCGAGAGCAUUCGAAAGGAUAGCCCCUGGCAAUGACCUGGUGAGCUGUGACCAAAUCCCGCCGGUGAACCUCGUGGCUUGGAAGGACAGAAGCUGCCACGGACACUACAUGGGGUAUCGACACUAAUAAUAUAGCGAAAUUUUCAUAUAAAAUCCUAUACCGAAUCGCAUUAUUGACGUUAUUGUUUCAAUUAAAUACUAUACUUUAAACAGUGCCUCAGUCUA